AUGGACUCGUACACAUCCUUUCGCGACGCUUCAGCUCGUUCUCCGGUUGACCGUAAUUGGAGCCGAGAUGACUCGCGUACUCGAGAUGAGCGUCCUGACCGCGGGGACUCAUUUUACCGUGGGAGAUCUCCAGGUUCGUCCUCCAUAGGCGAUUUUGCUUCCUGCCACUACUUGGUGGCAGGCUUCAGCAUAGUAAAAAUAGACAAAGCUUACAAGUCCCAAGGUCACGACCGCCGCGACCGCCGCAGGUCUCGCUCUCCAGCCACUGUCGACCGCUACGAACCCAGACCCCGACGAGAUGAUCGCGACCGUGAUGACAGACGUCGCAUGCAGUCACCACCUGCCAAUAUUGACCGAUACGUACCUGGUCAGGAUUCCGGGUCAGCUAAUCCAACCGUGAACCCCAUCCCCGACCCUGCCAAGCUCCAUUACCAAGUUGGUUUCUCCUACUUUGGAGAAUGGUGGAGAAUGAACGAGAAGAUCAAGGAGGAGAAAGAGCGAAUGCGUACUGGUCGACGCCGCGAACCGGAACGGGCUCGCGGCCCAGAAGAUCGCGAAAAGGAGAAGGCCAGGAUCCAAGCCGCAUAUGAUGCUUAUAAAGAAGAACUUCAAGCCAAGAUGGCGCGGACCUUUGUUUCUGAGCAUAAGAAAGAGCAAUGGUUCAAGGAGCGAUAUGUUCCGGAAAUUCGUGAUGAUUUCAGAGGAAAGCUGAACGAAUACCGACGCGGUGCUUACAGCCAGUGGGAGCAAGAUCUUGAAUCGGGUACCUUUGACGAAUUUUCUCUCGAGGGUCUUCCCAAGAGUGAGAGUAACGGCAGUGGCGGUGUAGUUGAAAAGGAGGAAGGAGAAGCUACAGCCACAAAUGAGAUCCUGGGUGUUGGAGAUCUGGUUCCAGUCAAUGGUGCUGACAUCCGCGACGAGAGCCAGUUCCAGCCAACUCUGUUGAUCAAGACCAUCGCCCCGCAUGUUAGCCGCCAUAACCUGGAGGCCUUUUGUAAGGAACAUCUGGGCGAGGAGGAAGGUGGCUUCAAAUGGCUUUCUUUAUCUGAUCCCAAUCCAAGUAAGCGGUACCACCGCAUUGGUUGGGUCAUGCUCCAUCCUUCAUCCGAAACAUCACUCCCCGUAGACCGCGCUGAGCCCAAGGAUGAGGAUGGCGAUGAGGCGAUAACAUCUCCUCAACCAGUAUCUACUGCCGACAAGGCUCUGGAGGCCAUCAACGGCAAGACUGUAAAAGAUGAGGUCAGGGGAGACUUUGUUUGUCACGUUGGAGUCCACAACCCACCUGUCCAUCCCCGAAAGAAGGCCCUGUGGGAUCUCUUCUCCGCUCCUGAGCGCAUCGACAAGGACCUUUUGCUUGUUCAGCGAAUUGUCAACAAGUUUGAGGAAGAAUUCGGAUCCGAUUUCCAAGCCACUCUGAAAAUUGAAGAAAAGGUCGAGGACCUGAAAAAUGCGGGUCAGCUUCAACCGGCUAUGGUUCCAACCCCUGUCAAGAAAGUCAAGAAGGUCAGAGAAGUGGGCAUGGACGAAGCUAUGGACGAGGAAGAAGACGGCGUCAUUGAAAUUGAGGAAGAAGAGGAAGAGGAGGAGGGGGCCGUAGAAGAUGAAGAAGUUGAUGACGAGGAUCUUUUGGUCAAGAAGAAGCAACUUGAUCUUCUGAUUGAAUAUCUGCGCCGCGUCUUCAACUUCUGCUUCUUUUGUGUUUUCGAAAGUGAUUCAGUUCACGAACUUACACGAAAAUGCCCUGGUGGCCAUUUGCGCAGACCUCGCAGCACACUUUCGUCUGCCGCGAAAGCUGUUGCUAGAGCCAGCGCCAAUGGAGAGCCAUUUCCAGGCAAGAAGAGGGGCGAAGGAGCAGAAGAGAACGAGGGUGAGCUUACUGAAGGUGAAAAAAGGUUUCGAAACGCCUCAAACAAGACGGAGCAGCAACUGCUUCGAGCGUUUAACUGGGUUAAAACUUUCGAAGAUAAGCUUACCCAAAUUCUGGAUCCUCAAUCUGUCGAUAUUCGAAAGCUGGGUGGCCGACCUGCUGAUGAGGCUGUCGAUGAAGAGCUUCUUAAACAUGUGAAGCAAGAGGAUGAACACAAAUGGCGAUGCAAAGCUCCCGAGUGCUCCAAGUUGUUCAAGGAAGAGCAUUUUUGGCGCAAACACGUCGAGAAGCGCCACGGCGAUUGGCUUGAUAACCUGAGGCAAGAGUUUGAACUCAUAAACUCAUAUGUGAUGGACCCCUCUCACAUUGCACCCUCAAGAACCGACGCAAACUCAAAUGGUCACUUCCCGCCUUCCAAUGGCCAAUCCAGCAGUGGAACACCACGAGGCUUCAACCUGCAGAACUUUACCAUGAACGGUAUGAUGGGAGGAGGUGUGCCUGGCUUCCCCAUGGCCCCAGGCAACUUCUCGCCCAUGUUUGCAAACAUGCAGUCCGGAAGUUGGAAUCCUAUGGACGAACGCUCUGGUGGAGGACCUAUCCGUCGUGGAGGAAUGGGUGGUGGACGAGGCCAAUACCGUUCUGGACCUUAUGAUCGCCGAGGCGGCAACCGUUUUGACGGUGGUCGUAACCGCAAUGGCGGGUCACGCUGGGGCGACGGCGCUGGAGGUGCUGCAGGCGGGCCUCGAGAGGCAGUCCAGGGCCGAAGCCUCAAGAGUUACGAGGAUUUGGACCAGGUUUCGGGUGGUGGAAGUGGUGAGCUCAAUUACUAA